AUGAGCCACUCAAGAGAGAUGUCUCAGAACGGCGCUGCUCCCAGCGACAAUGGCGUUGUUGGUCCACACCCCUCAUUCAUCCAAGUCGCCAAUCCAUACAUCUUCCAGCAGCAGUUGCAGAACUCUUUGAAUGCUCUUGGCGCAACUGAACACAAGGAAGACAGCAUCCGUCUCCAGGGCGUCCACUACAUCGACAGUGUCAGAAAGGCUCUGCAGUUACCUGUUCGCACCUUCAACACUGCUGUUGUCUACUAUCACAAAUUCCGCUUAGUCCAUGCCGACAGCGAGUACAUGUGGGCAGACGCCGCCGCUGCCGCACUUUUCACUGCCUGCAAGAUUGAGGACACUCUCAAGAAGUCGCGUGAAGUUCUUUGCGCCGCCUGGAACCUCAAGCUUCCCUCAUCAGAGCACCUGAGCCCUGAUGAUCCCGUUUUUGAGCAGCCAUCAAAGACCGUAGUCGGCAUAGAACGUCUCAUGCUCGAAUCUGCUGGUUUCGAUUUCAGAACCAGACAUCCUCAGGAAACUGUUGUCAAGAUCGUCAGAGACUCGGGCUGGCCCAAGGACACACUGGGCAGAACCGCUUACAACAUGUCUAUCGACAUUUACCGCACAUUCGCUCCUCUGAAGCAGACCGCUCAGACCAUGGCAAUUGCCUGUAUCGAACUGACCGCACGCCUCUUGAAUCUGACCACAGACUUCAACAUGGACGCAAUCGUCGGCCCUGAAGGUCUUAACCUGGAGAAAUGGUCCACUACCCGCGGCGAGAUCAUGGAGACUCUGCUGGACCUGCUUGACCUCUUCACCCACCACCGCCAUGCCACCAUUGUCGGCAACCAAUUCUCCAUCGACAACUACAUCGCGGUGCGCAUCACUCUGAACAAGGAGGCCACCGCCCUCAACCUCCCUCGCUACACCGAGACCAUCGACGCCCCCAAGUCGGACCUCAAUGGUGCAGCCAAUGGUGCCUCCAAGCACUCGCCAGUCUCCCCGGCUCUCCCUGGCGCAACCAACCAGAGCCCCAACUCCCCUCCUGCAAUGGGCCCGACCUCGGCCACGGGUGCGCGCAGCAGAGUGGGCGAGCGUGGCAAAGACGGCACCGUCCGUUUCAUGCUCUCUGCUGAGCGCGCUCGUGCCGAGAAGGAGGCCGUGGCAAAGUACUUUGCCGCCGACGAGUACGAGACCUACGAGGAGGAGGUCGAUGUUCCUCUCGGCCAGUAG